CUUCAUCAGGCGGUUUAUAGGAGCAAAUACGCAGCGAUCGAUAUUUUGCCUGACAAUGAAGCUAGGGUUUGUGUUCAGUGCGAUUUUUACUGAUUCAUUGGUGUCUUCAUCGCAUGCACCAUAAACUUCCCCACAUCUGCCCCCUAAACCAUUCAGUUCAACAUCUCCAGGAAGUUUGGCAUUUAAAUGUUUGUGUCGGACUUGCCGGAUUAUUCUAAGCUCUCACGUUUCACAAAGAUUUUACAAUGGGACCUGCCAACUGUUCGACGAAAUGCCUCAGAGAACACAAGUGGUGGAGUCCAAGGUGAUGGUUCAGUUGCUAGCCUUGCACCACCGGAGACGGAGGGUGUGGAGAAAGAGUGCUCAAGAAAAAGGGGACGCAGUAACUCAUGCAGCAAGGCCGAGAAUAAAGCAUGUCGUGAGAGGCAAAGAAGGGGAAUAUUAAACAACAGGUUCUUAGAAUUAAGCUCUACUUUGGAACCCGACCGGCAUGCCACCACUGAUAAAUUUGCUAUGCUUGGAGAUGCUAUCCGAGUUCUAAAUCAGCUCAAAUCUGAAACACAGGAUUUCAAAGAAACGAUUGAGAAACUAUCGGAAGAAAUUAAAACAUUGAAAUCAGAGAAGAAGGAGCUUCGUGAAGAGAAACUUGUAUUAAAGGCUGAAAAAGCAAAAAUGGAGCAGCAGGUCAAAUCCAUGACCAAUAACAUUCCACCGCCUGGAUUUAUGGCACCACAUCCGGCUGCAUUUCAGGCUGGAGCACCCAAGAUGCCCGUUUUUCCAGGCUACGGUUACAUUCCAAUGUGGCAGUAUUUACCACCAUCUACGUGUGAUACAUCUCAUGAUCAUGAACUCAGGCCACCUGCUGCUUAAUAACCGAACCAAUGAGAAAAUUGUUAGCUCAUUGUAGUUUGUAAAUAUAAUUGCUUAGUUGGAUUUUGUGUUUUCAUCACUGUGCACUUCUGUCAUUAUGUUUUUUAGAGACAAAUAGAGUUCUUUGCUGGAUAUAAAUGAUAUCCUCUAAUCUUUUUAUCCUAAUGAAAUCUGAAUCUCUCUUCAUAA